GCCAAGGCAGGUCUUGGAUCUGCUCAAGUGCUACAGAGAGCCAAGGCUGAAGAGCUGAGAGGGACUUUCUCGCCUUGACACCAAGCAAAGAAGGGGCAAGCCAGGCAUCAUGGGCAGGCAAAAGGACUUCCUGGCAGCCAUCGGGUACAGGCUGAGGAUCAGGAAUAAACUUGUCCGCCAGGCCCUGGCUGAAUGCCUGGGAACGCUGAUCCUGGUGAUGUUUGGUUGUGGUUCAGUGGCUCAGAUUGUACUCAGCAAUGGAACCCAUGGAGGCUUCUUGACAGUUAACCUGGCCUUUGGCUUUGCUGUGACACUUGGAAUUCUGGUCGCUGGACAGGUGUCAGGUGCCCAUCUGAAUCCUGCUGUCACCUUCGCAAUGUGUUUUAUGGCCCGGGAACCUUGGAUCAAAUUGCCUAUUUAUGCCCUAGCACAAACCAUUGGAGCAUUCCUAGGAGCAGCCAUUGUAUUUGGCUUGUACUUUGAUGCCAUUUGGGCUUUUGCUGGGGACCAGCUAUUAGUCACGGGUCCCAACAGCACCGCAGGCAUCUUCGCUACCUACCCGUCAGGACACUUAAACACUCUGAAUGGAUUUUUUGACCAGUUCAUUGGCACGGCAGCUUUGAUUGUGUGUGUCUUGGCCAUUGUGGAUCCCUACAACAACGCAGUCCCCAGAGGGUUGGAGGCUUUCACUGUUGGCUUUGUCAUCCUGGUCAUUGGAACUUCCAUGGGCUUCAACUCUGGAUAUGCCGUCAACCCAGCCCGAGACUUUGGGCCUCGUCUCUUCACCGCCAUUGCGGGCUGGGGCUCGGACGUUUUCACGACUGGCAGGCACUGGUGGUGGGUCCCAAUCGUCGCCCCCUUCCUCGGAGCCAUCGCCGGAGUGAUGGUCUACCAGCUGAUGAUCGGUUGCCAUGUCGAACCGCCUCUAGAAUCUGACGAGGAGGAGAAUGUCAAGCUCUCCAACAUGAAGCAGAGGGAGAAUGCUUGAGGUUGCCUGGGAAAAGAGCUGCUUCUUCAUGUGCCUAUGGACAAUUUUUUUAAAAUAAAAUAAAAUAAAAUAAAUAAUAUAAAGGACUGAAAUGACCAAAGAAGAGAGAGAGAGAGAGAGAGAGAGAGAGAGGAGAACGAACACACACCAGCGAUUUCUUCUCUUUUAGUCGUCUUUGUCUGUCAUUCCUUGUAAGCCUUGGAUGUAUUUGCUUUAGAAAGUUGCCAACGAGCAGGUAAACGUGCUUGUGUAUGCUGCAGUUCGCUUGAGGACUCGCUACCUUGCUCCGUCUGCACUGGGAAACAGUGUGUGUGAGGUUGUUAAAGCAUGAGGCUGGCCAUUUUGCAGCCUGAACCCUAAGAACUUUCUUUCCCCAAGCAUGCGGCUGUUCCCCCCCCUUUGGCAGGAUGUGAGCUCCAAUUAUGUUGAGUCACCUUUGCAAAUAUUUUUUUUUGGGGGGGCCAUCACGUGGGUUUGGGUUGGGAAGAGUAUUAUGCAGUCACUGCCUAUUACUCCAUGGGCCAAAUCUGUUCAGAGAGCAUCCCUGAGUCUCUGCGGGGCUGGAUUUAUCCCAGUACUUUUUGAACGAGGCAGAAGGAUUUGGGGCCCAAGCUGGUCAUUCUUUUCCUCAGAAUAAGCUGCUACAACAGAGGAAAACUUCCAUGGGCGAUUGUGAUUUCAAGACUUAUUAGGGAUGGGCAUGAAAAAACGUUGCUGGGAACUGCGACUGAACAAAAAAGAUAAGGAAAGAAACCUGAGGAAAAUGACAUUUCUGAAAGGUCUCAUUCAGUGAAUUCAAGCUUUGUAAAUAUAAAGAAAUAUAUACAUAUGAAAUGACUCGUUAACAUUCUGCCACAAAUAUGGCAUUCAACUUUUUAUAAACUUUUGUGUGGGUGAGAAAGAGAGAGCAUGUAAAUUUAGUUCUUGCUUCAGGUUUUUUUUUUUUUAAGCAAUACAUUUAUAAAUAUAUCCCUAGCUGCUAAUAAUGCAUUCAUGACAGCUGGCUUACAAUUCAACAUACUUGAAAUCAUACGCUUAAAAGCAUGACACGCUGUGUUGGAGUGUGGCCUAGGGCUUUUAUUGCAAUAAAAACUCAUUCCACCCUAAGCGUUCAUUGCAGAAUGCAGCUGGAAAGAGCAUAAGAGCCUAGAAAGGGCAUAAGAGCCUAGAAAGCUGCCUUAUACCAUGUCAACCCGUUGGCCUAUCUACUGUUUACACUGACUGGCAGUGACUCUCCAAGGUUUCAGACGGGACAUUCCCAGAUCUAUCUGGAGAUGUCAGGAACUGAACCUCAGAUGCUCUAACCAUUGAGCUAUGGCAUAGUUACAUUUAUCAUUCAUGCUCAUAAUCCAGAGGCAUCCUCUGGAGGAUUCAGCAUGUGCAUUGGUGCAAGAGAGACAUUCUUGGUUUAACAAAGUAGACCGGUGCUGCCCUUACAAGGAUGUCUGUUGGGACCACUUUGGGAUGUUCAGUUUUGGACUUCCUCUCAUGAUGAUACAAUUAUUUAGAACUCUCGUUUAUAAUACAGCAAAGCACUGCUAACAUCUUCCCAACUGUGAUCUUAAAUAUUACAUGACAUUCCCUGGAUCACGAUGUCACUCCUCUAGAAAAAGAAAAGUUUGUCCCCCUGCAUGGGGUUUUUAUCUUUUUUAGAAAAAUCAUGUGGGUGUAUUUUUCCAAUUUGAUGCAUACAUGCAUUCAGUCAUGCAGCUGCACCAAUACAAUUUGUAACAUCCACACCAUUCAUAAUGUAUUUCCAAUUUGUUUUUUUUUUAAAAAUAAAUAUAUACAUAUGAAUUGUAUAA